AGGUCAAACGAGGCAAGGGGCAAACACUUGGUGGUGGGCGACCGAUUGCACCAGUGUCACCGAUGCUCGCCUGUGCCAACGCCUUUGCUUACUGUAUCUAGGCUUAUAGGCUUGUUGUAAGCAGUAUCGGCACAUAUCGGCUGGCUGGCGCAGGCUGGCUGAACUGCGCCUAAAGGCGUUGUGCCGGUGUCGCCAGGGAUGUGGCAAUGGCUGUGCCCUUGUCCUUAACAAUCUCGGUGACUCUUGCGACAUGUGCCGACCAGUCCAGCGAGAACGUGAGCUGCACUCCCAGGUCGUCGAGCGAGUUGGUGAGCACCGCCAGGUCGUCUGCGUACGCGGCGGCACUGCAAUGGUAUUGCAGGUUUUCGCUGGGGGUCAGGCAGCCGUAGUGGUAGCCCCGUCCGCCCGCAUGGAGCCAGCGGACAAGAGGUUCCAUGAACAGAAUAAAGAGCACAGGAAUGGCGGAUGUGCUUCCGUGUUCGGUGCGGAUGCGGGUGGUUGCAUGUGCAUAUAGGUUGCGGACCAGGGGAGGGGGGUAUGCAACUCGGCCUGGAUCCAGCCCGGGCUGCAUGGGACCCGGCCAAAAGGUGUUCGGACCCCCCAGCGCCUGCGCCUGAGACUUUAUUAUUGUUACCUGGACAAAUGGUUAGUCAUUUAAACUGACAGGCGUCGCUAGGAAUGGGGCGCAGGCCCCCCUGUAACAUUUCGAGUGUUGGGAGCCACCUACGGCCGUUUUGUGCCACCGACCGAUCUAUAUAGCAUGGUAUAGUGGAAUGGGUACGAAAGCUGGUCGCCAGGCGAUUCGCCGCGCACUGGAGCUGCUGUGGGCCCUCAAAGCAACGGCAAGUUGGGGGUAAUCGGCCCUUUGCGGGCUCGCUAGGCAUUCUAAGGAGCUGCCAGCGGCUACCAGGGUACCGCAAGGACAAUAAGAAGCCAUGGCUUGGGCUGGCGUGGCCUUAGAGGUCUCAGCAACGCGGCCGGUGUGGCAUUAAUUCCCGCCCGGACAUGCCCCUGGCGUCGCGAACGUCCAUAUGGCGUCGCCUCCGGCUCUCCUGCCGUGGUUAGGUGUCUUGGCCAAAUAGACAUCUGUAUGAACACUGUGCGCCUGGCCCGAUAUAGUUUAGACGUGCGCAGACGGUCUGCACUAAGGUCGCGAAAUUCCAGGGGAUUCGCGUUGCCGGCUUGCGUAGUUUCGCUAAAUCACUGGGACGCCGUUGAAUCCUACAAUCACAUGAGGUCCCUGAUAUACGGAGCUCAUUGCCGGGGCCUUAGCGUGGACCAGUGGCUCCAACCAGAAUGCUGGCACAUUCUUGCAUCGCCAGGACCGCCCAAGUGAAAUUCCCUGGUGGUUUCGUGUCUUGGCCAACUAGAGAUGCAAGGGAUCCUAACGCGCUUGUCGCAUCGACAAACGGUUCAGAUUCGGGGACAUGCACUAAGGUCGCGUUUUUCC